CUCAUCUUAUCCGCAUCUCCAACCGCCUCCAAUUCUCAGCCAGGGUCUUAAGAAGCUGUCAAACUCACUCGCUCGCUUGCUGUGUUUCCCAACUGCAUAAUAUUGUUAGAUGACGCUACUCCUACGAUCCCUGCCCAGGCUUGCGGAUUCAAGUACUCGAUCAGCUAUCAGCAGCGCUAGACAACGUCGCACAGUUUUACAGUCGAUUCCGUCGUCCUACUCAUCUCGAGCCCAAGCCCAAGCUCAGAAGCAUUGUCGAUCAUUUCAAUCCUUAGCUACAACCCGGCAACCUGCUACUAGACAUACCCCUCUUCCUCUGUCAACACUGGUCUCACGCUCCUCUCUCCCCGUUCCUGCCUUGGGUUCUACCAACAUGUGUCGCUUCAUGUCUGACGCCCCCGGCGCCGUCAACACCGCAGGCCGGAUCGUCCUCCCCACCAAUGUGGUUCCUCAACACUACGAUGUCACCAUUGAAGUCGAUUUCGACAAGUUCACCUUUGAUGGCACAAUCAUCAUUGACCUGGACGUUGCCAAAGACAGCACUUCCAUCUCCCUCAAUACUCUGGACAUCAAGAUCCACUCGACCGAAGUCCACGCCGACGGUGCUCUCGUGACAUCUUCUCCCUCCAUCACCUAUGACAAGGAUACACAAACCACCACCAUCGAUCUCGGUGGAAAGAUGCUCUCCAAGGGUCAGAAGGUCCAGCUCAAACAGACCUACACAGGCGAGUUGAAUGAUAAAAUGGCUGGGUUCUAUCGGUCUAAGAGACGUGAUGGACAGGUUCUGGCCGUGACUCAGUUUGAGGCCACGGAUGCCAGACGGGCGUUGCCUUGUUUCGAUGAGCCCGCUCUCAAGGCCGAGUUUACCGUGACCUUGAUUGUGGAUGAUGACAAGACGGCCCUUUCAAACAUGGAUGUCGCUUCGGAAAAGGUCGUAGACUCCAAAAUCACCGGUGGAAAGAGACGAGCUGUUACGUUCAACCGCUCCCCUCGAAUGUCGACCUAUCUCUUGGCCUUUAUUGUGGCUGAACUCAAGUCUAUUUCAACCGACAAGUUCCGAUUGCCAAUCAAGGUGUGGAUGACUCCGGAGCAAAACGACGAUGAUGGCAAGUUUGCCCUUGAUGUUGCAGCCAAGACCCUUGCGUUCUACGAAAAGACCUUCCAGGCUCCUUAUCCCUUGCCUAAGAUGGACAUGGUGGCAAUUCCCGAUUUUGCCGCCGGUGCCAUGGAGAAUUGGGGUUUGGUCACUUACCGAGUGGUGGAUCUGCUCUUUGACCAAGCCUCUGCCGGUGCAGCGACCAAGGAACGAGUUGCAGAAGUCGUACAGCAUGAACUGGCCCAUCAGUGGUUUGGUAACCUCGUGACCAUGGAUUUCUGGGACGGUCUGUGGCUCAAUGAGGGUUUCGCGACCUGGAUGAGUUGGUACAGCUGUAACGAGUUCUACCCGGAGUGGAAAGUAUGGGAAACUUUCGUCAUUGACACAUUGCAAGGUGCUUUGGGAUUGGAUGGCUUGCGGAGUUCGCAUCCCAUUGAAGUGCCAGUGCACCGAGCCGAGGAUAUCAACCAAAUCUUUGACGCCAUCUCCUAUUCCAAGGGCUCUGCGGUUUUGCGAAUGAUUUCCAAGUAUCUCGGUGAAGAUGUCUUCAUCGACGGAGUGAGGAGAUAUAUCAAGAAGCAUGCGUGGGGCAACACGCAGACAGGUGACCUGUGGAGUGCACUUGCCGACGCUAGCGGCAAGGAUGUCGCUCAUUUGAUGGAUAUCUGGACCAAGAACAUUGGGUAUCCGGUGGUUACGGUGACGGAGAACGAAAAGGACUCGAGCAUCACGCUCAAGCAGAAUCGAUUUUUGAGAACAGGUGAUGUGAAGCCCGAAGAAGACACAGUGCUGUACCCUGUCAUUCUGGGCCUCAAGACUAAAGAGGGCGUUGAUGAAACCCUCAUCUUGUCUGAGCGUGAGCAGACCUUCAAGAUUAAAGGCGGGCUGGAUUUCUUCAAACUCAACUCGGACCAUUCGGCCCUCUAUCGCACCAGCUACACUGCCGAACGACUCACCAAAUUGGGUGAAGCUGCCAAAGCAGGGUUAUUGACAGUCGAAGAUCGGGCUGGCAUGAUUGCUGAUGCUGGAGCGUUGGCGGCCAGUGGAUAUGGAAAGACCUCGGGCAUCCUCAGCUUACUGCAAUCCUUCAACACCGAGACACAAUUUGUGGUGUGGAACGAGAUUCUCACGCGGAUCAACUCGGUGCGUAACACGUGGAUAUUUGAAGACGAGUCGAUCAAGGACGCCCUCAAGGCAUUCCAACUGAGCUUGACUUCGGCCAAGGCUCAUGAAUUGGGAUGGGAGUUUGGCGAGAACGAGGAUCACAUCCAGAGUCAGUUCAAGAGCUUGAUGUUUGGCUCCGCCGGUCUCGCUGGCGACAAGAAGAUUGAAGCAGCGGCCAAGGCCAUGUUUGAGAAGUUCCUCCAGGGGGAUUAUGCAGCAAUCCAUCCUAACCUCCGAGCGUCCGUGUUUGCCAUGGCCAUCCGGGACGGAGGAGAGAAGGAGUGGGAAGCGCUGCUGGCGAGAUACCAUUCUGCUCCUACCUCGGACGAGAAGAACACAUGUCUGAGGAGUCUGGGUAGAGCCAAGAGUCCUGAGUUGAUCAAGAAGACACUCGACCUGGCAUUGAGCGGAGAGGUCAAGAUGCAGGAUAUCUACAUGCCUAUCGGUGGACUGGGAUCUACAUCAGAUGGCAUCAACCGACGGUAUGAAUGGCUACAGAAGAAUUGGGAUGUUCUGGUGGAGAAGCUUCCGCCUAGCAUGAGCAUGUUGAGCAGUGUCGUCAGCAUCUGUGUCGCUGGAUUUACGAACGAGAAGCAAUUGGCAGACGUGGAAGCGUUCUUUGCAGAUAAGGAUAAGAAGGGAUAUGAUCGCAGUCUACAACAGAGCCUGGACAGUAUCCGGGCCAAGGCCAACUGGCUGACCAGGGACGCCGAGGACGUUCAGGGGUGGUUGAAGGAGAAUGGAUAUCUGGAAAAGGCAAAGAGUACUGGAGGCAAGUUGUAAGAGAAGGGGGGUGGUAGCCUGUGAAAAACGUUGUAUUAGUAUCACGUUGAGUGGAGGAUCCUGACGAGUUCAAAGUCCAGUACCUAGAGAAUCGCAUGGUAUCAAGUGUUGUAGAUCAUUUAUGGCAUUAUAUCAUGUCACUGGUGGACUGACCUGGACGUCGAAAUCCCUUGGUUGAAUUUACUAGUAAAAAGAAUU